UCUCCCGCCGAGCCCCCUUCCCACCCGGGCAUUCCCGUGCCUCGGCCGGCGACCUGCCCUGGGAGCCCGCUCCAUGGCGGCAGUCGGACCCUUAAGCUCCCCGAGCGGAGCCCUCUGCCGGCUUGUGCUGACCCUCACGAUCUUAAUGUUUGCCUGUGAUGCUUGCAAAAAUGUGAUACUUCAUGUUCCUUCCAAGCUAGAUGCUGAGAAAUUUGUUGGUAGAGUUAACCUGAAAGAGUGCUUUAAAUCUGCAAGUCAAAUUCAUUCAAGUGACCCUGAUUUCCGACUUCUAGAAGAUGGUUCAAUUUAUACAACAAAUGCUAUUGUUUUGCCUUCAGAGAAGAGAAAUUUUACCGUAUUACUUUCCAACACUGAGAACCAAGAAGAAAAGAAAAUAGUUGUCCUUUUAAAGCAUCAAACAAAGGUACUAAAGAAGAGGCAUUCUAAAGAAAAAGCACUCCGACGUUCCAAGAGAAGAUGGGCUCCUAUUCCUUGUUCAAUGCUGGAGAAUUCUUUGGGGCCUUUUCCACUUUUCCUCCAACAGGUUCAAUCUGACACAGCACAAAACUAUACCAUAUACUAUUCCAUAAGAGGACCUGGAGUUGACCAAGAGCCUCUAAAUUUAUUUUAUGUAGAAAGAGAUACUGGAAACCUGUAUUGUACUCAUCCUGUAGAUCGUGAGCAGUAUGAAUCUUUUGAGCUAAUUGCCUUUGCAACAACUCCAGAUGGGUAUACUCCAGAACUUCCACUGAGCUUAUUAAUUAAAAUUGAGGAUGAAAAUGAUAACUACCCAAUUUUUACAGAAACAACUUACAUUUUUACCAUUUCUGAAAACUGCAGAGUUGGUUCUACCUUGGGUCAGGUGUGUGCAACUGACAAAGAUGAGCCCGAUACGAUGCACACACGCCUGAGGUACUCCAUCAUUGAGCAGGUGCCAGCACCGCCCACCCCGUUUUCCGUGCAUCCUACCACAGGUGUGCUCACCGUGUCAUCGACUCAGAUAGACAGAGAGGUAAUUGAUAAAUACCAGUUGAAAAUAAAAGUACAAGACAUGGAUGGCCAGUAUUUUGGUUUGCAUACAACUUCAACAUGCAUCAUACAUAUCGAAGAUGCGAAUGACAACCUGCCAACAUUUACCCGUUCUUCUUAUGUGACAUCAGUGGAAGAAAAUACAGUUGAUGUGGAAAUCUUACGUGUUACUGUUGAGGAUAAGGAUUUAGUUAAUACUCCUAAUUGGAGAGCCAACUAUACCAUUUUAAAGGGCAAUGAAAACAGAAAUUUUAAAAUUUUCACAGAUACUAAAACCAAUGAAGGAGUUCUGUGUGUGGUUAAGCCUCUGAAUUAUGAAGAAAGGCAACAGGUGACCCUGCAAAUUGGUGUAGUUAAUGAAGCUCCAUAUUCCAGAGAGUCCAGUUCAAGAUCAGCCAUAAGCAUGGCGACAAUUACUGUGAAUGUAAAAAAUGUGGAUGAGGGCCCCGAGUGUAGCCCUCCAGUACAGACUGUUCGAAUUAGAGAAAAUGUCCCAGUGGGAACAAGAAAUAAUGGAUAUAGAGCAUACAACUCAGAAACAAGAAGUAGCAGUGGCAUAAGGUAUAGGAAAUUAAAUGACCCAAGAGAGUGGGUCACUGUUGAUGAAAAUUCAGGAUCAAUCACAUUACUCAGAAGCCUGGAUAGAGAAGCAGAGACUAUCAGUAAUGGUAUAUAUAAUAUUACAAUCCUCGCAUCAGAUGGAGCUGGGAGAACAUGUACUGGUACCCUGGGAAUUUUACUUGAAGAUGUUAAUGAUAACGGCCCAUUCAUACCGAGACAGACAAUAAUAAUCUGCAGAACCACCAUGUCAUCUGUGGAGAUUGUGGCUGUCGAUCCUGAUGAACCUACAAAUGGCCCACCCUUUGACUUUAGAUUGGAGAGCGUUUCCAAUCCAGACAUACAGAGAAUGUGGAGACUGGCAAGACUGAAUGAUACGGCAGCACGUCUUUCCUAUCAGAAUGAUCUUCCAUUUGGACCAUAUCCAGUACCUGUCAGAGUUACAGACAGACUUGGCCAGUCUCAAGUCACUUUAUUAACUGUUAAUCUAUGUGACUGCAUCACCGAAAAUGACUGCACACCUCAUCCAGGUGCAAGGUCUGGCAAUGGAGAAGUAAUAUUUGGAAAAUGGGCCAUCCUUGCCUUAUUAUUGGGCGUAGCAUUGCUGUUUUGUAUCCUGUUUACUUUAGUCUGUGGGGUUUCUCAGACAGCCAAACAACCAAAAGUAUUUCCUGAUGAUUUAGCCCAGCAGAACUUAAUUGUAUCAAACACCGAAGCUCCUGGAGAUGAUAAAGUGUGUUCCACAAAUGACUUUACAACCCAUGCUGUGGGCAGUUCUGCCCAGGGUAUUGGUGGCACUAUGGGAUCAGGAGUCAAGACUGGAGGGCAGGAGACCAUUGAAAUGGUGAAAGGAGGACACCAGACCAUGCGGCAUCACCACACCCUGGAUUCCUGCCGGGGAGGACACGUGGAGACGGACAACUGCAGAUACGCUUACUCGGAGUGGCAUAGUUUCACUCAGCCUCGUCUUGGUGAAGUUCAGCUGUGUAAUCAGGAUGUUGAUCAUAAGCAUACGCAAGACUACGUCCAUUCGUAUAACUAUGAAGGAAAAGGAUCUGUGGCUGGUUCUGUAGGUUGUUGCAGUGAACAACAAGAAGAUGGGCUUGAAUUUUUUGGAUCAUUUGGAACCCAAAUUUAGGACAUUAGCAGAAGCAUGCAUAAAGAGAUAAGCGUGUUCUAUCUAAUAAGUCUACAAAAGCAAGUGGCUUAUCACUUUUUUUUUUACAGUUACAAGCCAGGAUUUUUUAAAACUAAAAGAUGCUAUUUUGGGGGUUUCUUCUCCCACCCCUUAUUUUGAUGGAAGCU